ACUCCGUUCGGCCAGGCGCACGCACGCUCUCGAGGCAAGGCCCGCCGCACGGACGCACACCGCGACGGCUGCCACCGCCGCAGGAGCUCACAGCAGCAGCAGCCUUACACGCAUCGCCCGCCGCCGGCAGGGGCGGCAGCGCGAGUGAGAGUGGUGCGCGACGAGUGCGUGUGGGAGUGUGCGAUGGUCCGGCGCCUGCAAGCAGCAGGCCGCCGCAGCCGCCCGCAGCAGCAGCACAUUGCGCGAUGCGCCCGCGGCCACUAGGUCGGUCCGUCGCCGCCGCCGCCGCCGCCGCACUCGAACAUGGUACGGUUCGCGUACGGCUUCGAGAUCACGUAGGCAUGUAACGCGACGACCACCGCCACUCACGCAAGCAGACGAAGUAGCCGCCGCCGCCGCCGCAGCCGCCGCCGAUCGAGACUCGCAGACGAUGCGUGCUGUGCCAAGCGCGUGCCGCGCGCGGUGAAUGUGGCGCGGGUGAAUCUAGACGCGCGCAACUCGCACGCAGGGACGAGAUGGCGUCGGUGGCCGCCGCCGCCGCCACCGGCCAGCAGGAGCAACCGCCCGCCCACCACGGGCAUGGCCAUAGCUUCGGCAAGAAGACCUUCCACAAGCCCACCUACUGCCACCACUGCAGCGAUAUGCUGUGGGGCCUCAUUCAACAGGGCUUCAUCUGCGAAGUGUGCAACUUCGUGGUGCAUGACCGCUGUUUGAAAACCGUGGUGUCUCCUUGUUCCAGCAUCGCCGCCAGCCUUAUCAAGAACCCGGUAGCUCACUGUUGGUCGGAGCCGUUCCAUCACAAGCGGAAAUUCUGCAACGUGUGUCGGAAGCGAUUGGACGAUAGCGAAUCCAUACAUUGUGAAAUAUGCGAGUAUUUUGUGCAUACGGACUGCCAGGACUUUGCCGUGGCCGACUGCAAGGAGAACGCGACGUACCUGCCCGGCAAGAGUCUGUCGUACGUCCACCAUCAGCACCAUUGGCGCGAAGGCAACCUGCCGAGCAAUUCCAAGUGCGCGCUCUGCAAGAAAACAUGCUGGACGUCGGAGUGUCUCUCCGGAUACAGAUGCGAGUGGUGCGGCAUGACUUGCCAUGCUGCAUGUCACGUCAACCUGCCGACGCCGGCUGAGUGCACGUUUGGCAUCCUGGAACCGAUUUACCUGCCGCCGCAUGCCGUCAGCAUACCGCGCACUGAGGUGCCCAUGGAGGCCAUCAUCGGUGUGCAAGUACGACGCAAGGAGACAUUAUCACUCGACGAGAGCGCAAUGCAGCCAGAGGUCGCUGCGAUGGCAGUGUGCGCACGCGCACCCAAGAUGGCGUCCAAAAUCGGCAUGCUCUCCUUCUUCGUGUGUCUCAACGCGCCGCUCUAUCAACAAAAGCGGUUGACACAUGACAAACGGCGAGCGCGAAGCAUUUCAGAAGAGUUUAGCAGCGGCGACGCGUCCAGGUAUCGCGAGCAGGAGGAAUACACGCCGGCCGUGAAUCAAUCGUCGCACGGACAAAGCCGCACCGAUAAACAGAACAAAGAAAAGGAAGACAGGGAUGAAGAAGUGAUAAAAGUUUACGAUGGUAACAGUUCGAUGCGUCGACGGAUAUUCCGUACGGUGGUUGUGUCACGCCAAGCGACGCUGAAACAAGCGUUAACGCAGGCGUUGCGCGCUUUUCACAUCACCAAGGAUCCGAACUUCUUCCAUCUGACCGACAUGUAUUCACCGGACGAGGCGCGACUACAAGAUCCAACGCCCAUUCUCAAUCUCACACGCAAAGAAGGCAAGCGGCCGGCAGUCUACUUACGAUUCAAAGAUGGAGAAAAUGACCGUGGUGAAGUACGGGUGUAUCCGGGUAAACUACAAGUCUCACAGGCAUUCUGCACCGUGCCGGUGGACAGCACCACGACCGUGGCGGAUUUAAUCCGCGAAGCGCUCAAAGAGUUCGAUCUCAAUGAGUAUCAAUGUGAGGACUAUCGCUGCAGCGAGGUGCUGCUGGAUCGCGGCGUCACCGAACGCGUGCUUUCAUGGAACGAACGGCCGUGGGAGAUUAUGAAACAACUGGGCAAAGAUAGCAUCCGACAGAUGGAGCUGAUGCGUUUCUAUCUGCAACUGAAACAGGACCCGCACGGGCCCAAUCUGGCGCUGUUCGUCGGCAAUCUACCGCCGAACUUAUCCGAACGUCAGUAUGAGAACAUCCUCACCGAUUUUCUCGGUAAGGAGAACAAGUUUUCAUCGAUUGGUCCGAUUUACUACGAGUACGGAUCGAUGGUGAUCAUUUAUGAGGAUUCGGAUAAAGCUGUGCGCGCCCUCUAUGCUCUACGCGAGUCGAAACACGAAGGAAAAGACUUAUUAGUAAUGUUGUUGCCAAAUAUCGAGCCGUCGAUGGUACCAGCCGGUGUCCAACCACUGCUGGUCUUCGUAAAUGUCAAAUCGGGCGGCUGUCAAGGCUCGGAGCUGGUGUCCAGCUUCCGGAAGCUGCUCAAUCCGUAUCAGGUGUUCGAUCUCGACAAUGGCGGCCCCCUACCGGGCCUCUACGUCUUCAGAAACAUUCAGAACUACAAGAUCCUCGUGUGUGGCGGUGAUGGUACCAUCGGGUGGGUGCUGCAGUGUCUGGACAACGUCGGGCAGGACUCGCAGUGUUCAUCACCCGCAUGCGCCAUUGUUCCACUCGGCACAGGUAAUGAUCUGGCGCGCGUGUUGCGUUGGGGUCCUGGGUACACCGGCGGCGAGGAUCCGCUGAAUCUACUGCGGGAUGUCAUCGACGCCGAGGAGAUCCGGCUCGACCGGUGGACGGUAGUGUUUCAUCCGGAAGACAAGCAGGACGACGGUGUGAAGCCGGUCAACUCCACCGGUAAGAAGAGGCAAAAACUGUCCAAAAUGAAAGUGACCAAUGAGCAAAUUAAGAAAACAGCAGUGGCGGUCUCAACCUCCGAGGACAACUCGCAGAUCUUCGUGAUGAACAACUACUUCGGUAUUGGGAUCGACGCCGACCUGUGCCUCGACUUUCACAACGCGCGCGAAGAGAACCCGAACAAAUUCAACUCGCGUCUGCACAACAAAGGCGUCUACGUGAAGAUGGGCUUGAGGAAAAUGGUCGGACCGAAGAUGUGCAAGGACCUGCACAAGGAAGUCCGCCUGGAAGUGGAUGGGAAAUUAGUGGAACUACCACAGGUCGAAGGGAUCAUCAUCCUGAACAUCCUCAGCUGGGGUUCGGGUGCUAAUCCGUGGGGACCGGAGAAAGAGGACCAGUUUUCCAAGCCCAAUCAUUGGGAUGGUAUGUUGGAGGUUGUAGGGGUCACUGGAGUGGUGCAUCUUGGGCAGAUACAGUCUGGUAUGCGGUCAGCAAUGCGCAUUGCACAGGGUGGACAUAUUAAGAUUCAUCUGCAUUCGGACAUUCCGGUGCAGGUGGAUGGCGAACCAUGGGUGCAGAGUCCAUGUGAUGUCGUCGUUCUCAAGUCGGCGCUGAAGGCGACGAUGCUCAAGAAGAUGAAGGGCAAGAUGAAGCGGCGCAACACCGAGCCGACGAUGCUGGUUUCACCGGGGGCGCAUCUCGCCCCUCUGCCGUCGAACGACGGUGAGUCACCGACGGACCCCAACAACACUACCUUCUAGAAAAAGAAAAAAGAACGCUACAUGGACGAGGCGUGGGUUUUACGUUUUGACAAUUCGAAAUUUGUUUCACGCAUUUCACGGACAUUUAGAUGCAAAACAAACAGAUGAAUAUGUAAUCGACACACCCAUACACACCAUACACUUAUUUAUUAAUUAAUUAUAAUUAACAAGUGAGUAUCGAAGUUAAGCAAAACAAAAACACAAACAUUUAAACUUAAAGAAAAAAAAAGAAGAAAACUGUAAUGGUAAUUACGUUACGCGUAUGGAAAAUUUCCACAUAAACAAAAAAAAACAAACGUUUUUCGAUUUUCGUAUAUGAAAAUAUGAGAAAAAGCCAACUUUUAGCUGUUAUUAAUUGCAAUUAUAUUCAGAUUGUUAUUUGUGAGGAGAGAGAGGCUCAGCCGUGGUGAUUACAAAAUGGCGCCCGGCGUUGAGUGAAGCGCACACACACAGCUGCUCUAUGAUUAUGUGUAAAUAUUUAUUUAACGUUUAAGAGAUUUAUAUUCUAUAUAUUGUCGAAACAAAAGAUGAAAAAGAAACACAAAGCGGCCAAAUAGCCAAAGAUUUAUCUCUAUAUUAUAUUAUUAUGAUUAUUGUAAGCGAAUGUCUGCUCGGGGAACUCGAGAAACUCGAGAAAGUGAGGUUAUAGCCAAUUAUUUGCACAUUUUUACUUGCAUACGUAAUUGUUUCAUUUUACGUUUAUGUCUACGUUGUACGUGAUUAGCUGGUGAUGAAAACAAAACAAUCGCACAAUAUUUUUGACGGAAAACACACACACAUCUAACACACACAUUUAAAACACCCGGUAUGCGUAUAUUGAAACAUCGUACUCAGCAGCAAUGUGUAGUGGGUUAUCUAGAUAUACUAACAUAAAUGUUAGUAUUGUGAUUGGCUGCUGGAAUUAAAAUGGCGGUGACGGAUGCUUGCACAGACCGGAAGUGUAUCAUCCGUCGCUGGAGUCGCGUAUAAUCGCCCGCGGGGUAAGGGGCUCAGUCCAACACACUUGACGCAUGCGCGUCCGGAGCUUAAAUCGGCCGCCAUCUUGCGCGCAAUGCAAUCACAAACUGCACGCAUGCAAAUCAACACGCAUUCUAUGAUUUUUAACUAGUUACAUGAAUAGAAAUGACUACAGUGUAUGUUGGGGUGUUUCGUGUUUGGGUAAAUGUGAUUGUAUUGCGCGUUGAUUGUUUACUCAGUCACAUGGUGGUCGAUUCCGCAAGCGUGUUGGAAUAUUACCUCGUGCGGCGAUUGGCGAACGCUGCGCGCGCACUUUUCAACUGCGAACAAGAAGAAAAUAUGUACUAUUUGAAAAAUGAAAUUCAUAAUAUACAUUAUUAUUAUAAUUAUUAAUUACGAUUAUAAAUAACGUGAUGCCAUCAUCCUUGGUGCACAUGCAAGAAAGGAUAAUGAGAAUGAUGAGAACAAAAACGGAUGAAAACAAAUGCAAACAAAGUACUACUUACUAAUUAUAAAUAUAAAUGAAACAAAUUUAGCAUAAUACCGUGAAGAAAUGAAGAAAAAAAACUAUUACUAUACAUAAAUAUUAAUUAUAAACUUAAACAAACCAACAAAAAACCAUCAGCAAGCAGACAACGUUAUUGUUCAGCUUGCGCAUGAGCGUCGGUUGGGACAGCUGAAUGUGAGAGAAGAGAGGUUAUGGUGACAUCAAGUGACAGGCUAGCUAAUGUGGUAAUAUGCAACACGUACACACGACACACACUGAAACAAACAGGAAAUCCAAAGAAGAAAUCUAAUUAAUUAUAUAUGUAUAUGUGAAAAAUAUAUUUAAAAAUUGUGAAAUAUAGAAAUAUUAAAUGUA